CAUAUCCGGACGCUCUGAACGAAAAAGACAGGAAAAUGGACUCAGAAUACUUGAAAAGGGGUAUGGGAAAAUGUCUUAUAGAAGGAUUAGCCGAGGUGGCCGAGCUUCGCCCCAUGGACCCGAUCGAAUUUCUUGUACAGUGGAUUUACAAGUAUAAAGAAAACAUGGACAAUGAGGAGAGAAAAAAGGCCCUCCAGCACCAACUGGAGCAGGAGCAGCAGAAAGCCAUAGAUGAUGCAGUGCACAUGAGGCAGAUGAAGGAGGAAGAAUAUAAAAUCACAGGGGAAGUCCCAGAAGAACCCAAAGAAACAAAAAAAGCUGAGGGACUACCUGCAACCCCUCCACCAGCUCCAGUUUCAGAAAGGGCCAAGAAAUUAAACCCUCCAACACUUGCUGCAGUGGAGGAGGGCGAUGAUUGGGUGACUGAUGAACCUGAUAAACCUGAAACUAGUGAACCUGCUGAUUCUACACAAGUAGAGCCAACCUCAGGACCAGAGAAUGAUGAUGUCAAACCAGACGAGACUCUGUCUGAGGAGGGACAGGAACAUCAGGACCAAGAGAAGGAGACCGAUAACCCUGUCACAAGUGACGCUAUUGAUCUCACACAAGAAGUGGCAGCCUCAGAGAGUGAUGAUGUCAGACCCGAUGUGACGCAAUCUGAGGAGGGAGUGGAGGAGGGAGCGGAGGAGGGAGUGGAGACGUCAUGGGGGGCACUUGAACAUACAACUCCUGAUGACCAAGCCAAGGAGAAGGAGGAAGAGGAGGAAGAGGAGGACGACUAAGAUGUGGAAUGAUAAUUUUCCUACAUGACAUUAUCUGGACAAAGAAGUUUGUUCAAAUGCAACAAUAGCCUAAAGAUAUAUAUGUUAUAACAUUCUACAUCUGAGAAAUCAGUAGAGAAGCUUGACUAACGCCUAAUUAAAUGCAUGAUGUCUCCAAGAGGGGGAUAUAUCUCAAUUUGUGUAAUAUGUCUAUUCAGUUUGCUAUGAAUACAUCUGUGCAAUACAUUUGUA